AUGCUGCGAAAUCAGCAUCGCUUAUACAACAACAAAUUAUCGAUAGCGAUGAGUCUCGACACCUUCCAUAAUACUUCUCUUCAUAUCGGUGACGUCAUAUCACUGUAUGCAGAAGAUUAUUCCCGACCAGUGGAAGAUCGUUUGGAAGAACGUUUAUUUCCUAGAACUGGAUUUUUAUCAACGCUUGGUCUUGUUGAUGAUAGAUGCAUUGUUGAGAUUGGUAAUGGUACUCCUGAUUCACCGCCAAAGAAAUUCCGAGACUGUUUGUUUCGAGUUUGCCCGAUUAAUCGAUAUGCAGCGCAGAAGCAGUUUUGGGCAGAGCAAAAAAAAUUUCAAGUUGGUGAAUCACUUUUUGAAGAAGAUAUGUUGAAAAAACUGAAGCAUGCAGCAGAUAAAGAGAAAGAACAAAAUGACAUGGAAUAUAAAAAAAUGCUCGGCGCAAAUGUACAAUACGGUGGUACUAUACAGUUGUUGCAUGUUAAAUCAGAUAAAUAUCUAACAGUAUUGAAAAAUUCACCUGCUAAAUUGGAGCGUAAUGCGAUGAAAGUGUAUUUGGAUAAAAAUGGUCAUGAGGGCUCAUGGUUCUAUGUCGAACCUGUAUACAAGCAUUCUUUCUUUGGUGAUAAUGUGAAUGGUGGAGAUAGGAUCAGUUUGGUGCCAUAUUCAUAUUGUCCAAUUCCGAAUACAACAGGACAUGUUAAACCUCAACUACAUUUAUCACAUUUAAGUUUACCAGAUCAUCCAAUUGGAUUCGAAGUUAAUUGUUCAAAUGAGCUUACUGAAUGGCAGGUCUUGAUGUUCUUACAGUUUGACGAGAAUCAAGAAAAUAUUGUAAAAUCUGGAGACGUCGUGCGACUUUUUCAUGCCGAGCAACAAACAUUCCUAACAUUAGACACUGUACCGAAAACGAAUAAAGAUGCAGUAUUUUUGCGUUUAACAAAUCGUCCAUCUGCUGCCGAUGCGACUUCUUCGCGAGCUUUAUGGGAAAUUCAGGUUGUACAGUUCGAUUCAUAUCGUGGUGCAGCAGCAUCUUGGCUAAGAGAAUUUCGUUUCAAGCAUUUAGCUACUGAUAUGUAUCUAAGUGUAGAGCGAAUGCGAUUAAAUAAGACAGAAAAUACACCAACUAAUACAGUAUCAUCACUUCCUGAAGCAGAAUACUGUGAUGAUGGACAGUAUUAUUUGGUACCAAAACAUUCGGAAAAACCGGAAACUGAUGAAUCUUUGCUAUUUGUAUUGGAUCCUUGCACGUUUACAAAGAUGGAUGCUAGAAUCUCCCAAAGGACCUAUGUACGCCUUUGGCACGUAUGUACGAACACUUGGAUUCAUACCACUGAUCCUACCGAGAAACAGAACUUGUAUCACUUCAGCACCAAUGAGAAGGGAUGGGUAAAAGUAGUUAGUGAAAAUUUCAAAAUCGAUAAAGAAACAUUUGCACUGCUUCCUGUUCGUCCGGAUGAAGUUCGAGAUCUGGAUUUUGCCAAUGAUGCAUGCAAGGCAUUGAAUAGUUUCGUCAAAUUGAUUAGAAGUGGGAUGAUCAUCUCUAAAGAACCAAUGAAUGUAACGAUACAGUUAUUAACGGAAUGCAUAUUUUUUGUGACAAAUCAGUCUAAUCAUGUGACGGAUCCGAUCAAAAUUGUAGAUUUCAAGCCACCAAGAGAUCGACAAAAAUUACUUCGAGAGCAAGGUGUCCUUGACCAAGUUUUCGCACUGUUACGAGUACCAUUUUUGCCACGGAAUGGGAAUGACCCGGAACCUUUGCUAUGUUCACCACGUAAACUGAGUGAAAAGGGAAAUGAGAUCUUCAAACAAAUUUUUCAUCUUUGCUAUUCACUGCUUAGGUAUUCACAAAUUGGCUAUCGGAAAAACCAAGAAUAUCUGGCAGAAAAAUUUGGUCAAAUACAAGAGCAGAUUGGAUUCGACUUACUUGCAGAAGAUACGAUGACAGCUGUUCUCCACAAUAAUCCGAAACUGUUAGAAAAAUAUGUUAAAAAUCCACAUGUAGAACGUUUUGUGGAACUCGUUCGCAAUAACAAAGACGGUAGAUUCUUGGUUUAUUUGGCUGAUCUUUGUGUUUGUCGCGGUGAAGCAAAUAAAAAAAUUCAAGAAUUGAUCUGCAAUUGUGUGCUAAAUGAAGUGAAUCGCGACAUCUUCAUUAGGACGAUCAUUUAUGACAAAAGCUCUAACGAAGUAUGGAUUUGUUGGUCGAAUUCCUAUUGCAAACAGCUGGUAUCUGUAGCAAUGGAUGCUGCUAAAGGUCAAACUGAGGAUAUUGAAGUGCUUGAUUAUUACAAACACCAGUUGGAUCUUCUAGCGCAAAUGUGUCACGACCAACAAUAUCUUGCAAUUGAUCCUCCACCUGAAAGACGCCUUCUGAAUUUGAGUUUAGAACUACCAGCUGAUUUAGUCCUUAGAUGCAUUUCGGACACAAGAUUACCGCAAGAUUUGCGUGCUUCAUUUGCACGUCUCAUGCUUCAUCUUCAUGUCAUACGUGGUUCUCCGCUUAAUGCCGUGCAUCAUGCUCGACUAUGGCGUGAAAUCCCGUUAACUGGCACAGUUUCUGGGAACUCAAGUCGAUCUGUAAAUGGUUACGUUGACAGCGGUUACGUGCGUAGUGGAGGAGAAGUUUUUGAUAAAGUGUUAAAAACUGUCGAUGUGUAUCUUGAGGAAUUACGCAAAACGACACGAGAAGGUGAACCUGUCUUGGAUCCAAGUCUAUCAAAGCUAAAGCAGAAUCGAUUAACCUUUGAGAUCGUGACACUUGCUCGAGCCUUGGCUCAUUUUGAAUUCUACAGUUUUGCAGAUUUACUUCGUCUUGCUCAAAAUUUGUUAGCUAUUGCUGAUAGCAAUCCAAAAAAACCUGAAGAUAAAAUGGCGUUUGACAAGACAGGUUUGUUUCGUCAUGUGACAUAUUCAGUAAUUGGUGCGAAUGCAUUGCAGAAAGGAGCCAAACAGUAUCUUCAGCAUAUGAAGGCAGAAUCCGCGUGUAAUGAAAAUACUGUUCAAGUUAAAGAAAGCAAACAAAUGGUUUUGCAAACAAAACUUAUAAUUGUUGAAAUUUUAAAUUUUAUUAUGGAUGUACGUCGGGACUAUCGUAUAACAGUCGCACUUUCUUGGUUUAAAAAACAUUUCCCAUGUGACGAACUCGGAGAACUCCUUUCCAAAACAGAUUUGUCAGAACACGAAGCAUCAGAGUUAUAUAAAGAGGUAUUUCAAAAUUGUGAAGAGAACCUUGAUUUUGAUGGUAGGAAUGGUCAACUUCUUCUGCGAAUACUUCUGCAAAUGACAAUAAGUGACUUUUCGAAGCUAACUAGUACAGCUCUUACUGUAAUGUUUCGCCAUUUCACGCAGUACCAAGAGUUUGUGGAAGAUCUCAAGCAGGUUCAGUUAUUAGUAUCGAAUGAUGAUGUGGAAAAUUAUCAGCAAAUUGAUCGUGAUUUAUUCAUUUUGAAAAUACUUACGGAAAAAAGCGAGCUGUGGGUACAAGCUGAUAAAACGCGACCUGAAAGUAGUAGUAAACGUAGUUUUGAAGAAUAUGGUUCAAGUCUUGAUGACUCAUCAAAGUUGCCCCUUUCAAUACGAGCGACUAGUCAACAGUUAGAAGAUAGUGGUUUGAAUGCUACUUGUGCUUUUCACAACAAUGAAAGCUUUCUUUCGCUGGUGGAAAAGAUUGAACAACAUUAUUAUUUUGCGAGAGAUGAGUGCAUUAAAUUGCUGUGCAAGCUCCUUCUUGGUGAUGAUCGAACGGAAGCAGCUUCGGCUUUAUAUGAACUGUUUGAUCGUGCACCACUUGUUGGCUAUCCUCUAGUAAGGCAGAUUCUGUAUCGUAUAAAACAACUCUGUUACAAAAACGACAAGCCAAAUAAGAUGAAUCAGCAACUGUUGCGGAAUAUGCGUGUGCAUGAGUAUGUUCUGGGAUUUUUGUCCGUUCCAUAUGAUGAAAAAAAUGAUGCGGAAAUGCCAAAACUUGUCACACUGAGCCAUGAAUUCUUGCGAAGUUUUUGUCGCAAUAAUAUUGAAAAUCAGUUUCGUUUGUAUAAACAUGUUUCUAUCGAACAAGAUGCUAAAGAAGGAUGUUUAAGGGUGGACACGAUGGAGGAAGUUGCAACAUUGACAGCAAUUUUCAAAAAUAAUCGUAUACUGUGUCAAAAUGUAUCUGAGGAAGUUAUCGCUCAUAUUGUAAAUAUGAUUGAGCACAAAGCCCGCAGUUCCGUAUACAUAGAAUUCUUACAAACUGUUGUUAUGGUACAAGAGAAAGAAAUCAAGUCGGCACAGGAAAAAGUAGCUCAAGAAAUCUGUUCAUCUUCUGAUGAUGUACGAGUGUAUUAUGCAGAUAGUGCAAGUUUCGAGCAGUUAAAACAGCUAAUGCAUAACACUGGUCCUGAAGACUUAACUGCUGAUCAUCCGCUACGUUACCACAUCGAUCUGGUGCGGCUCCUCGCUUUAUGUACACGUGGAAGAAACAGUACGACAGAACUGAAAUGCGCUUCCCAGCUCUCCAUGGAUCAUAUAGUACGAGUUUUAACGAUCCCUUACUGUUUAAUACAGGUGAAAGAUGCAUACCUGCAAUUUAUGUUGCACUGUUAUAUAGAUGCGGAUGCGGAAAUGAAAGAUGUUGACAAUGUUGAUUUCAUCGAAAGAAUUAUGAAAAAUAUUUUUAGUGAUAUACAGAUGUAUAUUGCCAGUUUAUCACAGAUGAAAAUGGAGAAGCCUUUGUUGCCAAAUUCGGCACUCGAGAAAUACGUUUGCUACACGGCUACUGAAGUACUGGUUAAACUAUUCGAAAGGCCUUCAGCUUAUCAACUGAUAGUGGAAAUUUCGCAGCAGCAUCAAUUUUUCUCCAGAAUGAUUCAAAGUCUUUGUCGGCUGCAAGAAGAAUUAGUAAGAAAAUGUUUUACAAAAAAUUGGUAUCGCGUUGCAGAAUGCGUUAGACGACUUAGUAGACGUGCAGAAGAAAAUGGGGUUAUAUUAUCGAUUAAUGGUUAUAUGCAACCUGGAUAUACUGAAGCAACUGUUAAACAGCGUUGGCAAUCAGCUUUUAAUUCAGCUCGUUUUAUCAAUCAAACGAAUAAAUGUGCCAAGACUCGUCUACACGUCCCACGUUAUGUACAAGUUGCCGAAAGUUUUAGUAGUGUUGUUUCGUGUUAUCAGGCGAUGGUUAAUGAAUUUAAGCUGUUUGCACUGCCAUUGCAAACAGCAGAAACAUCGGUACUUGUGGAUGUGUUACAUGCUCCCGAAAGAUUAUUUAUUUCUGGUUCUGAUUUAUAUCAGAAAUGUGAAAAUGGUGUAGUCAUUGCGAAAUUGAUACAGCACUGUAAAUCGCUUUUGCAACAUGGACAAGAAGCUCUGUGUGUACGAGUACUACAGACAUUGUGUCAAAUGGCUUCAAACACUAAAUACAACUUUAUCAAUCAGGCAAGAGAGGUGCGAAUUAAUUUGCUUAAGCAGUAUUUUGGUGAUGAUGCCAAACGUAACACAAGUAGGCAAACUACAAAAUUGGAAAGCAACGGGUUUGCAUUUGGAAAUGAUUUAAAACCAAUAAAGGAACUAUCAUUGUAUGACGUGCAGUGUAAAUUGAACAGUGCUGGUGCUAGUGAUUUAGUAAUUGAUUUGAUCAUGGAAGAACCGAGUUAUGAAGUUUUUUUAAUGACAGUUCAACUUUCAAAAGCACUUCUUUAUGAGGGAAAUUAUGAGGUGCAGAUGUCAUUUUAUAAUCGAUUAAAAGAAAAGGAAACGUCGGAGCCAUUUUUCAACGCUCUUAAAACAAAAUUACAAGUUGCACAGAAUAAGCUAAGAAGUGAUAUGAUGGUUUGCAACGACUCGCGUCAACGGCACUCGAUAUCUAAUUCAAUCAGUGGACGUUCAUCUCUGAUAAAUUCUCCACUGCCGGAAGAUUCAGCAUACAUUCCGAAUGAACUGAAAUCAAUUGAUGUUAACUCGAUCGAAUUAGCUGUAUCGUUAUCAACUAUUCCCGAUGGUUGUCUUCUUGGUUUAUUUGAUCCCGAUAUUAACUUAAAUUUUGGGGAUGAUAACUGUUCCAGAAAGACGGUUCUUCCACAAGAAGUUGCCCUUAUAGAACCAGUAUUGCGUUUUCUACAACUUUUAUGUGAAAACCAUAAUUUAGUGUUGCAAAAUUUUCUGCGAUAUCAAGGCAGUCGUCAGAAUUAUAAUUUGGUUGACGAAACACUUAUGUUUCUUGAUGUUAUUUGCGGUAGCACCAAAGGUUGUUUGGGCGUAUUUGGUGAAAUAGACGAACACAAUUUCUCACUUAUUACUCAAACUUUGGUGACACUGACAGAAUUUUGUCAAGGUCCUUGUUAUGAAAAUCAGAAUACAGUCGGCAAUCAUGAGUCUGGACUUAAUAUGAUAAUAUCGUUGGUGCUGAAUGAAAUAAAACCGCUUUGUUUAACGCACAUGGAUUUGGCAUUGGAAAUAAAGAGCGCUGCAUCAAAACUAUUAUUGGCUGUCAUGGAAUCACGAUGUGAUGCUGAUAAUGCAGAACGCGUACUCAUAAACAUGGAUCACAUGGCUAGCGGAGCGAAACAAUUGGUUCAAGCAAUCAAAAUGGCAUAUGAGAUGUCGGAAAUGAAGGAGUUUGCAGUGCCAAAAAUAAGAAAGAAUUUUGAAACAAAUUAUUCAUCAAAAAAAUCGAAGUCUAGAAUAGGUAGGCCAGAUAUUGCUAUUCAAGAUAAUAUCGUUACUUCAUAUCCAUCUACUCAUUUAACUCUUGUCGAUCCACAAGAGGUAGGACACAAUAUCUUCAUUCUUGCCACACAACUUGCGCGAUACAAUGGAACACUUCGAGAAGCUUUAGAUCCAGAAAAUAAUAAGGAUUCGAUGACUUCAAAAGCUUUGCGUUACUACAAGCAGUAUACUGCACAGAUUGAGAUAGUUCGUAGCGAUCGUAAAAUGGAACGAGUAAUAUUUCCAAUUCAUGCUAUUUGUGAAUAUCUUACACCAGAAUCGAAGUUAAAUAUUUUGCUAGAAACCGAGCAGGAUGCUCAAGGAUCCAAGGUAACAGAAUUUUUCAGUCAAUGGCCGGAACUUUUCGAAGAGAUGAAGUGGCAAAAAAAACUUCAAGAUCGGAAGUACUUCAGUAAUUGCACAAAACGACUGAUACUGUGGACUCGGAUAUCAUUCUUUUUUGCUAUUCUUAUCAAUAUAAUUAUUGCAAUAUUUUAUCCUUUUUCAGGAAAUAAUAGACAAGAAUUAAUAUCUCCAAGUAAUCCAUUCCUGUACAUAUUCCCUACGGUAUCAUUAUUAUUUUUGCGAAUGCAAUGGAGUGAAAAAGCUUUGCUUGGAAGAAACAAUGAGAUUUAUUGGGCGUUUGCUGCCAUUAUGACAAGUUUUACAAUUUUAUUUAUUACGGUAAUUGGAGUAGUGUUGACGUUGCGUGUUGUUGGUUUACUUCAGUUGAUUAAUAAAGGAGUCCAUAUAGUGAGCUAUAUAGGAAAUCGUGGUUUAAUUGAUAAAACAUGGCCUGAGCGACUUCAAGAUAAUGGUAUUUGGUACCACCUGGCAUAUUUGCUGAUAUGUAUUCAAGGCCUCAUUGUGCAUCCGCUUUUUUAUGCUUUACUUCUGUUUGAUAUUGUGGCAAGUGAAGAGACUUUGCGAAAUGUAAUUCGAUCUGUAACACGAAACUGGCGAUCAGUUAUAAUGACUGGUUUACUAGCCGUCAUACUUGUUUAUCUAUUUUCAAUCAUUGGAUAUUUGUAUUUUCAGAAAGAUUUUCAAUUGGAAGUUGAUAGAUUGGAUGAUAAUGAAAACGAUAAUAUUGCCUAUGAAAAUUUUCCUUCCAUGCAGUGUAUUCGUCCGUCGUCCUUCAUUUUCAGGCACUAUAUCAAUGAAAACAAGUGCUUAGCGGAAAACUUAGCGACUAAUCAGCCUAUUGACGAUAAAGAGGAAUUAAAAGUUUGGUCAUGUCAAACCUUGCGUAUGUGUAUCCUAACAACAUUAAAUUGGGGUCUUCGGAACGGAGGCGGUAUUGGCGACGUACUUCGGAAUGUAGCACCAAAUGAAGAAUCAUUUUUAUCUCGGAUCGUUUAUGAUUUGACAUUCUUUAUCGUAAUUAUUAUUAUCGUGCUCAAUUUGGUAUUUGGUGUUAUCAUCGAUACAUUUGGUGAUUUGAGAGCCGAAAGAAAUGAAAAAGUUAACCAAUUAAGAAAUAAUUGUUUCAUUUGUGGUCUUGGAAGAGAAAGGUUUGACAAUAAAAUUAUGACUUUCGAGGAGCACCGAAAAAACGAGCACAAUCUUUAUCAUUAUCUAUAUUUUAUUGUAUGGUUACAAAUAAAAGAUGAGACAGAAUUCACCGGUCCCGAAAGCUAUGUUGCAAAUUGUAUUAAGGAUCAUAGAAGUGAUUGGUUUCCUCGAAUGCAAGCAAUGUCAUUAGCUGAGGAUAAUCAAGAAGCGGAGCAGAAGGAUGACAUUAAUGAGAUUUGUGAUUCACUGAAUAGAUUGUUGAACACUGUAGAAGAACAAGGACGACAACUUGAAGAAUUGAAACAGCUGCUGUACAAGCAAAAUGCUUUACAAUUGGUAACGCCACUAUUACUCAAUAAAUGA